UAUGUUAAAACGGCACAACCAAGUGAUUAUAUUUAAAUAAUUUAAAUUCGCUUAUGUUGUAUAUAAUCGUAAAAGUUCAUAUCAAUAUGGCAAGAAGUUUACAAAAUUUACAAAAUCAAUUGCCACGUUACAGUUCACUACGAUGUUACAUCAAAACGUCGGUUCACCGUUAUUUAGCCCUAUCUAAUCUAACGGAAUAGAGAAAAAAAAACAUCUUUUUAUGAUAUAUCCGUCUCUCUUUGUUGCACACGACGAGUGUAAUGCUCAGGAUCAAAAUGGCAGCCAAUGUGGUGAGUUUGUGACUCGUGUGACAAAUCGCAGCUCUGGCAGUCUGGGCGCAAGCAGGUGAAGAUUCCCUUCUAAGUUUUACAAUUUCAAUCGAGCCGGGACUGAACGACGCCGAAGUUAAUGGGCAGACAACUCCGUCUCGUAGACGACGCGGUGGGCGCUCACGAGUAUACUUUCUUCAAUCAAUAAAAAAAAUUGUCCGUGGCUCGAAAGAACAAAACAACAAUGCUGCGAGCCAACGAAAGAUAGCGCCAUUCCGCGCGAUAAUAAGGACAUCAAAUUAUUAUGCUGCGAUUAGUAAUGAACGGCCACGCACAGCAACAGCAGACGUCGACGACGUUGCACCAGCAGCAGAUCUCCAUGUUGUGAGAGGCACGAUUCGAGCUGGCAGAACAAUGAGUGCCGUUGCAAUUGUUACCUCUUGACAAAGCAAAAUACAUUUAUAAUUGGUCGAACAUGGCAAGGAGAAUCAUCGUUUACCAUGGCUGUAUGCUGCUGCUCUUAUUAGGAUGCAGUUUGCAGGAAGCUGUGGAGCUAUUCGACGACGGUAGGAUAGAAUACAUGAGCAGGGAAGAGCGAGAGACAUUGAAACACGAAGCACGAAACAUGUUUUAUCACGCCUAUUAUGCCUAUAUGAAUAAUGCAUACCCUGCCGAUGAAUUAAUGCCAUUGAGUUGCAAAGGGAGGUAUCGUGGAUCGGAGCCAGAUCGAGGAGACAUAGAUUCCACUCUAGGAAACUAUUCUCUAACUUUGGUGGACACUCUCGAUACGCUCGUAGUAAUGGGCAAUUUAGAAGAGUUUGAAAAUGCUGUGAAACUUGUUAUUAAAGAUGUUACAUUUGAUACAGAUGUUAUAGUUUCAUUAUUUGAAACGAAUAUCCGAGUUCUAGGAGGUCUUUUAAGCGGUCAUAUUUUAGCCAAUGAAAAUGCAAUGCCUUGGUACAGAGGUGAACUGUUAAAUUUAGCCAAAGAUUUGGGGUAUAGAUUCUUACCUGCAUUUAAUACAACUAUGGGAAUACCAUUUGGAAGAAUAAAUUUAAAAUACGGGAUGAAAGGCGUCCCUUUGGAAAUGACGAGAGAGACUUGUACUGCUUGCGCUGGCAGUAUGAUAUUAGAAAUGGCUGCGUUGUCUAGAUUAACCGGAGAGUCAAUAUUUGAGGAAAAAGCCCAGAAAGCUAUGGAUGUAUUGUGGAAGUUGCGGCAUCGUGGAACCGAUUUAAUGGGUUCCGUAUUGAAUGUUAAUUCUGGAGAUUGGGUUCGUAGAGACUCUGGUGUCGGAGCUGGAAUUGAUUCGUAUUAUGAAUACUGCUUAAAAGCUUAUAUUCUUCUUGGCGAUGAAAAAUAUUUAGGUCGAUUCAAUAAGCAUUAUCAAGCUAUAAUGAAGUAUAUCAGCCAAGGACCAAUGUUGUUAGAUGUUCACAUGCACCGACCAAAUACAAAUUCAAAAAACUUCAUGGAUGCAUUAUUAGCUUUUUGGCCUGGAGUGCAAGUACUGAAAGGUGAUAUUAAGCCGGCUGUAGAAACGCAUGAGAUGCUUUAUCAAGUUAUGCAAAGGCAUAAUUUUAUUCCAGAAGCAUUUACUACGGAUUUUCAAGUACAUUGGGGCUAUCAUCCAUUAAGACCCGAGUUUUUAGAAUCUACUUACUUUUUGUAUAAAGCAACCGGUGAUCACUAUUAUUUAGGAGUUGGUAGAAAGGUUCUUAAAAGUCUUCAAACCUUUGCCAGAGUACCAUGUGGAUUUGCUGCUGUUUCUGAUGUUAGAACCAACAAACACGAUGAUACUAUGGAUAGUUUCGUAUUAUCAGAAACCUUCAAGUAUUUAUUUUUAUUAUUCGCUGAUCCAAGCGAUUUGCUAUUGGAUCUCGAUGAAUAUGUUUUCACAACCGAAGGUCAUUUGCUACCAUUAUCUUUAGCCUCGGUUAGAACAAAUGUAACAAUGGAUAUUGAAAGAGAAAAGGUUCAUGUUGAAGAAACGGACCGUACAUGUCCAAAUAGUUUACACUUGUUUCCUGCCUCGGUUAGACAACCAUUGCGCAAUAUGGUCGAAGAUGUAUGUCCAAAACGUCCAGUAAAAAAACGACUAAGCGCUUCUCAGUUUCAACCAAAUAACCUCGAGCACUCCAUGAUGCUUAGUGAUAUGGGCAUUACCAUAUUGACUGUGGGCGAUGGAAGUGUUCAGUUACUGCACACGUUUUCUAAUGCCAAAACAUCUCAGGACGCGGAGGAGGGUCUGCUCUUUAUGCAAGAAAUGGUUGAGUUUAGUAAACUUCAAGCUCAACAAGCCAAGUCCAAGCCGGUACUCUUUACGUUCUUUAAACCUAACACCGAACCGCCCGAAAAAGUCACUUUGUUGGCUGGUCCCGCACACUUUGGCGCUGAUUUAAAGAACGAUAAGGUCACCGGAAAGGUGGUAAUUGCACACCCUUUCAUAGGUUGCCAAGACUUGAUUAACGCUGAGCUAUUGAAAGGCUCGAUCGCAGUUGUGAACAGAGGAGACUGCAUGUUUAUCGAUAAGGCCCGAAGAAUACAAAAAGCUGGCGCUAUAGCUGGAAUAGUGCUAGACAACGUACCUUCUUCCAGUGUCCAGAAUUCUCCUAUGUUCGCCAUGUCCGGUGAUGGAAAGCCAGUCGAUGACGUUAAAAUUCCCUUUGUCUUUCUAUUUAGCUUAGAAGCCAGUCAAUUAAUUCAAGCAUUAGCUCAUGCUCCUUUAAUUGUUACUAUAGGUGGUACUGUACAAAAAGAUGAAGCUCAGUUAAAAGCUCCGACAGAUAUGUCAAUGUUUGAGCGACUUAAGGGCACGCUCAGAGAAAUUUUAACUCAACAGUUAACAUUUCAGAAUCAACCAUCAAUGGGAACCAUAACCGACGCAGCCGCCAAAAUUUCAGCAUUGCACGAAAGAAAGUUAAGUUUUGCUCACAUGCAAGCCUUUAUCACGGAGGAUUCGCCAGUGCUUUUUAUAAACAUAAACAUUGAAUUCAAAAAUAAUUAUAUAGAAAAUCUGUCCACUCAAGAAGAUAACUGGAUGUUAAUGAAAAAAAUUAUGGUUAAUGAAUUAUUUGGGACGAGAUUUAAUUUAGGUAUUAUGAUACAAAGUACUACUAUUUCAAAUAUCUUUUCGUUAAUUAUGAAUAAAAGAGGUCUCCCAAAAGAAAUGAUAAAAGAUACGAGUAUGUUAGCGAGAAUUAUAUGGUUUUUGCAAGAACUAAGUCAAGUUAAGCCUGAUGCAUCCGUAAUAGCCACUUAUCAGGAAUUGUAUCCGGAAGUGAAUAAGCAGUAUUUGCUAUCGUAUUUAUUUUGGCAGACAGCGUAUAAUAUAAAAAAUUAUCCAGAAUUGGUUGGUAUGAAAGCCGGUGCAGAAGUCAUAAAAUCAUUUAUCAUUCAAGAUGUUAAGACUGCUUUUAAUAUUGAUGAUGCGAAAUCACAUUCGGCUGAGUUUGACAAUUUUUUAAACAACUAUUUGCCUAUUACGAUAUAUUAUAUCCUUAACGAAAGCAAUCUUGUAGUAAUACAAGGAUUUUUAGAUAUUGAUAUUUUUUCUAUGAAUGAAUUUAUUAAGGAAAAGCAACGAUUUGUAAACAUUAAUCCUAUUGAAAUCUUUGAGGAUAAGAAGCCAGUAAGUAAACACAUGACUGCUGAAAUUUCUACGACCAAGAAGGGUGUCAUACAGAUUGAAAUAGCAACGCCAUCCGAAAUCCUUGAGAGUAAAAAUAUGUCUACGCCUAAAGUAGAUAUUGGUGAUGUUGAAAGUAAUAUAGAUAAGAAAUUAAAAGUUGAUUCUAAAAAUGUGCAAUCAAAUUCAAAAAGAACUAAAGGUGACGAAAUGGAAGAUGAUGAACAAUCUUGAUUUGCGUUGGAAGAAUGAGGAAAUUAUUGGAGAAUUAGUGCCUGAUACUUUGGUCAUAAGCUUGAAACAGCAGUCAGAUAGUGAUAAGAAUAAAGUUUCAUCGAAGAAAUAAAAAGCAAUUGUUAUUAAAGUAAAGUCUACUAUUAAUUAUCAAACUGUCAGUGAUAAGCAAGAAAUGUAACAUAUUCACAACUAUUUGUAAUUGAAUUUUAUUUUUAUCGUUAAUAAUAUUGCAUAAUUUUAAAAAGAUAUUUUCU